UUAUUCUACAUCGUCCCAAUACUACUGGAUAAGUUCCGUUUUUUAACAUCGAUGUAUGUUGUUUCUAGUAGUUGGUUGUAGAAAGAAUUUACAAAUUCUAAACAUAAGCUCAAGUAAAUAAAAUAAACAGAAACAGAAACAAAAUCAAAUGUCAGCAGAGAAUAAAGAAGAAACCUUGGCUAGUUUCCAGGCUAUCACUGGCAUAGAUGACGUUGGAGAAGCUUUUUCUCAUCUAGAGGCUGUCAAUUGGAAUCUUAUGGACGCUUUAAGCCGUGUAAUGCCACACGAUGACACUCCGCUAUCUAAUCCUAUCCAUCGGAAAGAGCCAAGAACCACAGAUCAAAACCAAGACUUAAAUACAAAUGGAUUCACGGCUCCAAAUUAUGAUGAAAUGCCUGGGCCAUCUUCACUUGUUAAUAGUGGAGCUUUGACGGCUAAUGCGGGAGUCUUCUCUGAAGUAAUUCAUCUUCAAAAUACGAAUCAACAAGGAUUUCCCACUUCACACAUGCUGGCCGAGUUAACAUCAAGUAUUAACUUAGAUCCAUCUAGGCAAUCCAACAACCAGAAUACCAUAAUUUUUAACAUACACUUUAAUCAGCAGAUGUAUGACUUACGUUUGCCCAUAAAUGCAACCAUAGAGCAACUGAAACGCAAAAUUUUCGAUGUAACGCAAGUUCCACAAUGCCGUCAGGCUUUAAGGGGUUGGCCUCCAUCAAAAGCCAGUGAUGCGCAGUUGCCGGAAACGCAAAUUUGUAAUCUAGACUUAGCUCCCGAAAAUGAACUGAUUUUAGUAGAUAUAACAAAUGAUGGGUUUAUGGAUACUGAACAAGAUGAUAUUUCUCAACGGAUGGACAAAAUGUUUACUAUUAAAAUCUUAUGUGAUUUAAUUCCAAUGGAUCCCCUACACCUAACUGGCCGCACUACAAUUCAUGAGCUGAAAACCAAUGUCUAUUAUAUAACAAAUAUUCCCGUUAGGCAUCAGGAAUGGUCUGGCUGGCCCAGCCGUUGUGAAAAUGACACUACACUAGCGCAAUCAGGAAUUGAAAUGUCUCAUACCUUUGUGCUGCGGAGUAGUGCAAAUCGUCUGCCAAAUAAUACAAGUGUUCUCAAUAGCAGUGAACCGGUAACUGUGGAUAGUGGAAGUUCCGCGGAUGAAUUUGAGGAUGCCACUGAUUUUAAUAACGCUGAAUAUAUAUUCUCUGACUCUCCACCUUCGCAACCAAUAACUAGGCAUUUAAUUCCCAAUAAUACUGACAACGAAAUACAGGGCUCUACACAGUUCGUCGAGAAUUAUAAGCAGCGUUAUGGCGAGCCCCAUGCAGAUUUCUUUGUUGGCAGCUUAGAGGAUGCCUUGCGUUUAGCCUGCCACAAGCCAGCUAAACAGCGGAAAAUGUUAGCCAUUUAUUUGCAUCAUGGUGAAAGUAUUCUGACAAAUGUAUUCUGUGAUCAUUUGAUGAAACAUGAGAGCAUUAUUCAAACAUUCAGGGAAAAUUUUGUUCUGUUUGGCUGGGAUAUGACGUAUGAGAGCAACAAAGAUAUGUUUCUUUCUUCACUAACGGCAUGCAUAAGUAGCAACGCCUCAUUGACGGCUCGAAAUAUUAAACUCGAUAAAAUGCCUGCCAUAAUGCUGGUGGGAAAAACCCGCCAGUUGGGUCGCCAUUGCGAAGUACUAUCUGUGAUUCAUGGUAAUCUUGGCUUAGAUGAACUGUUAAUUCGUGUUAUGGCCACUUGCGAGAUGUACGAAGAGCAAUUGCAAGUUGAAAUUCGCGAUGACAUCGAACGAGCAGCACGAGAUCAGGUCAAAGCCGAACAAGAUCAAGCUUAUGAGGCCACCUUACAGGCCGAUAUGGCCAAAGACGCAGCUAAGCGACAAAAAGAGGCAGCACAGGCAGCAGAAAGUAAACGCAUUGAAUCAGAAAGGGCUGAGGAAGACGCUCGACGCGAAACCAUUCGGUUUGCAGCGGAACAAUCUUUACCUCAAGAGCCUUCACAACUUGAAACAUCAAAUAUAUCCAAAGUACGUGUUCGAAAACCCACUGGCCAUUAUCUGGAACGUCGUUUUUAUACACAAGACACUUUACAGGAUCUGCUUAAUUUUGUCACUGCCAAUGGUUUCCUUAUUGAGGAGUAUAAGAUAUUUAGUGGCUGGCCCCGUCGUGAUUUAACCUCGAUUGACUCCAGUCAAACGCUCGAAGCCCUCAAACUAUAUCCACAGGAAACUGUUAUACUAGAAGAACGAUGAUUCUGUUUUUUUUUUUUUUGUUAGAGCUUUUCUUUUAGACAUAAAUUUUUUGAUUUUGCGCAUUUCUGUUCACCUUUUUUUUUUUUGAAUUUGUGGAGUUUGCAAUAAAGGCAUAAAUUUCUGUGUCCACAGUGUGUA